AUGUGGGGCAGCGGGAAGUUAUCUUUAGGACUGGCGCUGUUGAGAGUAAUUGCAUACCUCCAAGAAUUCUACAUCUACCAGCUUGAUGACCUCCUCCUUAAUGCGGAGAAGGAGCCCACUGUUCCAGCGGCCGCUUCACUCCCACCUAUGACGAUUCCCGUGCCGGAUCCAAUUGCGUUCGCGCCACCUCCUCUAUCUGUACCGGCCCCAGCUACAGUUUAUAUUGUUCCCCCACCGACAGUUUUCCCGAAGCCGAGUGUCCCUGUUCCGGCUUCUGCCCAAACUACGGAGUCCUUCCCCUUCUCGACUCUACAACCCCACAUCGACCUCCCCUACCAAGCUCCACCUCCCAUGAACACCACUUUUCCAAAACCGGGCAUGCCAAUCCACGCGGCCCCCUUUGCCCCACCAAUACACUUCUUCCCCGAGGCGGAGACCGAGCAGGAAAGGAGGAUGAAGAAGAUGGAGGAGACCAUCAAGGCCUUCCAAGCCAGUGAUCUUCGUCAUAGUACGAGCUACUUGGACUCAUCUCUCUUCCCCGGCAUGCAGUUGACCCCCAAGAUCAAGGUACCCGAGUUCCAUAAAUACGAUGGGACCAAAGACCCGCGACAUCACCUCCGCCAUUACCCCGCGAAGAUGCUCAGUUAUUGGGAUUACGAGCAGUUCGUGGUCGCCUCUUUCCAUGAGAGUUUAUUGGGACUGGCCUUGAAUUAG